GAACCCGAUAUAACCUGCUAAAAAGUUUGGCCAGACGGUGAACUUGACAACCUCUGAGGAAGUGUCAACCUUAAAAGAACUGACCAAGGUUGUAGCAAAGGUUUUUACUAUAUUAAGCUUUGUUGGUUCUCCAUGGCUAAGCAUUCAUUGRCAAGAUUUACAGUUUUGCAACUACACCAGCUGUGUCGGGUGGAACUAAAUGAAGACAAACUUGGAUUUUAGUCGACUAGUUAAACUGCUAAAUCGGUACAGAAUCUUUGAAAUUUGAAGAGUUGCCUCUCUCAUCUGUUCCAAWCAUUCAAAACGGACAACGAGAAGGAACAGAAAACAAGCCCAAGUACAGACCAGUCACUUCACCAUUCAUCUCGCAAUUCAAUGACAUUACAGUACAAACGAAGACGAAAACCCAGCGAUUCAAAAAACAAAGAUGAUAAGCUAAUCACGCUGAAUGUAAGCGGCAGGAGGUUCAUUAUAGCGGAAAGCACACUAAAGAAACAUCCAAAGACACUCCUUGGAAGUGAGAUGUUGUCAAUGUUCUUCGAUACGAGAAAAAGGGAAUACUUCCUAGACCGUGACCCUCAUAUGUUUAGAUAUAUCUUGAACUUUUAUCGCAUUGGAAAGCUUCACGCUUCCAACGAGGACUGCAGCCACUCGUUCAAGGAAGAGCUCAAUUUUUUUGGAAUUUGUUCAACGGAGCUUCAGCCAUGUUGUUGGGAAGACGACACGAAAGUGUCAAUUAGAAAGCGACGGACAAAGUUAACCACAAACAAAAAAGUCACGGAAUAUAAUCGAAAAUACCUAUGGUUGUUGUUGGAAGAAGGCGAUUCGUCAGCUUUGGGACGAACAAUUCAAGUUUUUAUUGCGCUGACAAUUUGUAUAAGUGUGUUUUUCACAAUACUCGAAAGCGUUUAUUACACCAAAGAUGKCAAAUUUUAUCAAAGAUUUCCAGAAUUGUUUCAAAUUGUCGAGGCAUUAUGCAUUGGUGUGUUCACGUUGGAGUAUUUUUUACGGCUCUACGCCUCGACGAAUAGGCUAAAGUUCAUCACCAACAAGCURAGCAUGAUYGAUUUACUGGCUUUUUUGCCAUUCUAUAUCGAUUUGAUAGUUACUAAUGUGAUCAAGACGGACAAUGUUGAGAAUCUGACCAACAUUCUGGGCGUUUUUCGUGUGUUACGGAUUGUUCGAAUUGUGAAACUGUCGCGCCACUUCAGUCACAUGCGAGUUGUGGGUCACAUGAUGAAGGUAGUGUUUGUGGACCUUGGUUUUCUGUUCUUUGGUUUCUUCCUGGCAAAUGUGAUGUUUUCUACUGUCAUGUUUUAUCUGGAAUACGAUGGUUCCAGGAGUAAUUUUACAAGUAUACCUAAAACUAUGUGGUACACCGUCGUCACGAUGAUGACAGUAGGAUAUGGUGACAUGGUACCCAUGACAAUGGCAGGCAAAAUAUUUGGUUCMUUUUGUUGUCUCAUGGGCAUACUUAUGCUUGCCCUUCCAACGACAAUCAUUCAACGAGGGGCCAGUGACAGCAAGCGUUACGGAAUGUAUAGCACUUUACCUAAAAAUGCGAAAUUCACAUAAAAAGCCCCAGAAAUUAAGAAAAAGAAACGAUGCCAAGAGGUAGAAUCUCAAAAACAAAAUGGCGGCAUUGGGGAUGACGCAGUAACAUCCAUGAAGAAGAUCUCAAAGAGUUUAACAUCAGUUUUAGAAAUAAACUUAAUUUUUAAUUAAUUGUAUUGAGGAAUAAAUCUUGUAGUUUUUAUAAUAAAGCGUAUAGAGACARUAAAUAAUAUAAACAACAAUUCAUACGAAAUAAAAAACAAAAAAUAAUCAACUCUUUCGUGCUGUUUUUAGUGAAAUAAUUUUUAAUGACAAACACCAGCGACAAGUCAGGGUAAUAUAAUAGGAGCUCACCUUUCCCUAGCUAUAUCAACAUUCUAAGUCAAACUAACUUCGAGAAUAUUAAAAAACAGUGAGACCUGGCUUCACAUCAAGUACACAAUGCCACGAAAUUGCAAUGCAAAAUUACAAAUUAAAUUAUGACAGGUUAGRACCAUGUAACCGGCUUGUUAAUUAAAAAAAUUAUCGCGAAUGUUUGCGUUUCCGAGUAUCUAAUUGUCACCUUUAAGAUAUAUUCAAAAU